GAGAGCCCGCGCGCUGUUCUCACGCUGAUCUCGCGCUGAUAUCAAUCUGAUCUCAUAGAUCGCUUAUACACUUCUCACAUCUCACACUGAUCUCUCACUGAUCUCACACUGAUCUCUCACUGAUCUUUAGCAUCUUUCUGAUCUAACUUCAGCUACUUUUCCUGAAACGGGACACUCGGUUUCGACUUACACAUUCUGGGAACUAAGGACUUUGCUGGACGCUCGUUCUGAUCUGAUCGGAUCUCUGGACUGUGAUAACUGGGAAAAAGUUGUUGUUGGUUUCCAGUUUGGGACUGGUCAGUGCUGAUUCGGACCUGAGGCAUUUGGAUGGUCUUAUAUAUCAUGGGACAGGGAGCAACCCAAAGAGAACCAUGCUGAGAAGUGAGUGGAGAUAAACAAACACACGAAAGGGAACCAACUACAAAGUUAAAGCUACUUUUUUUGGAAGGUACAUAUUAUCUAGAAGACACCAUGGCGUCCAGUCUGACAUGUGCUGGAGUCGUGUGGGCGCUCGUGUCUCUGUUGAGCGCCGCUGCGUGCUGUGUGGGAUUCUUCAUGCCCUAUUGGCUGCUGGGCUCGCAGAUGGGCAAGCCGGUGUCGUUCGGCACUUUUCGCCGCUGCUCGUACCCGGUGCAUGACGAGACCAGUCAGGCCACCGUGAUGCUGGAACAGUGUGGACGCUACGCUGCUUUUCAGGGCAUCCCGAGCAUGGAGUGGAGGAUCUGCACUGUGAUCACGGGCACCGGAUGCGGUUUGCUGUUGCUUGUGGCACUCACGGGACUCAUGGGUUGCUGCGUGUCCGAGCUCAUCUCGCGCACGGUGGGCCGCGUGGCCGGAGGCAUGCAGUUCGUGGGAGGUCUGCUCAUUGGCUCUGGGUGUGCCCUCUACCCACUUGGCUGGGACAGCGAGGAGGUCCGACAGACCUGCGACAACCGUUCAGACCAGUUUGUACUAGGUUCCUGUGAGAUUGGCUGGGCGUAUUACUGUACCGGAGCGGGUGCUGCCACUGCCAUGCUGAUUUGCACCUGGCUGGCCUGCUUCGCUGGCAAGAAACAGAAACAAUACCCAUAUUAAGAGAGUCAGCUUCAACUAUAACCCAGUUUUAAGCACAAAGCUACCGGUGCGGAGCAACCAAGGACGAAUGCCUCAGCGUGGACUAUAUAGACAGCAGAGAUACCCUCUCACCUAAGGCAUGAACAUGUUCUCCAUUUUUACUCUUUCAGCUUGAGUUUUAUUGACCAUAUGCUCACACCGACAUGGGAGGAUCGCACACAGUGACUGUUCUACUCUGCGUGUCUAGAGGAUCGUUAAUGGAAAUACGGACGGACCAAUAUUACUUUGUCUCCUGUUAAUUGUUAGUGCUGUACUUCUUUCUUUAAAUGUACCAGUGUUAGUAAAGUCUCACAAAACAUGAUAAACAUAUUACGGAUUGUUUAUAUUUCCAUAUUCAUUUAUGUUAGUAUAUGGUCCUCACAUUAUAAAACGUCGUAAUUGUAAUUUGCAUACAUUACAUACAGUGUUAAAUUAGCAUUUCUCCAUUAUUAUAUAAAUAUUAUACACUAUAUUCAUUG